AUGAAACGCGAACACACUGACGACGAUCGCUAUGGAAAUUCGCGCAACUCCAAACGGCAGCGGGGCGACGGUUUUUCUGAAGCUUUGGCUCAGGGGAAAUUUGAGCUUCGUGUGUUAGUGAGCAGCAAGUGUGCUGGUGCAAUCAUUGGCAAAGGUGGUGAAAAUAUCAAACGUCUACGUAACCAGGUACGUCAUGUUUAUUUCGAAUUUGGUGGGUGUCGUGGAUUACGGAGUAUUUCCAAGAAUUUUAUCCGUACCCUAUCGCAUUUGCAUGUUCAUAAAGCAUUCGAAUAG